AUGAAUGGCUACUUCUGCAACAGCGUCCAAUUAUCCUGCGAAGCCUACCUCUCCUUCCGAUCCAAUUUUCCUUACAAUUCGCCGGCCACCAUCGGCUUACUCUUGGGCUCCGAACCCUCCCUCAUCGCCGAGGCCAACGACAUCUCCAACUACGGCACAAUUCCCACCGACACCCAGAUACUUAUCCCGGUCAAUUGCUCUUGUUCGGGUCCUUACUACCAGUACAACACCUCUUAUAAGUUGAGCGGGCGGGACGAGACCUACUUCACUGUCGCCAACAACACCUACCAGGGGCUGACUACCUGCCAGGCCAUGAUGGCCCAGAACUCAUACGGAGACCGCAAUCUCACGGUGGGCUUGAAUCUAGUGGUGCCGCUCAGGUGUGCUUGCCCGACUUCCAACCAGGCUGCGGCUGGGAUCGAGUACUUGCUCACUUAUAUGAUCACCUGGGGCGAUAGUGUUUCUUCUAUUGCUGAACUUUUCGGUGUGGAGCCGCAGAGCAUACUGGACGCGAACCAGCUGUCUGAGGAGAGUCUGAUAUUCCCUUUCACACCCAUUCUUAUUCCCCUCAAGGGCAGGCCCAGCACAAUUCAGAGAGUCAGACGGCCAGUAUUCGCGAGUGUUGACAUGGGAGCCGCGAGUGAGACUAGCAUUUUUUGUAUCGGAGCAUAA